AUGGCGUCGACAGUGGUCGGGGACACCUGUGACAGCCUUUUUGGGCCUGUAGUCAGUCAUCAUGCUUGUCGUGGAGGAUUUGACUUUACAGUUCUAUUCGAAGCAUGGAUAUUCAACAUUACUCCAGCAGCCUGCUUUCUCUUGCUAUUGCCCAUUCGUCUGUUCCAGCUGUCCAGAGAAUCUUUGAAAGUAAAAUCAUCACCGACUCAUUUGGCGACGCUGGCAAUCGCGACGGCAUUGGCAGCAAUACAAAUUGUUCUACUUGUAUUUAGUGCGACAGCACACUACCCUGCACAGUAUGUGUCACUUGCGGGUGAUACCCUCAGCCUUAUAGUGGCUGUUUCGAUAAUUGUUCUGCUUCAUUUCGAGCACACCCGGGCUGUUCGACCCUCCUUCCUUGUCUCUACAUAUCUGUUUAUUACGGGACUUCUAGACAUUGCACGAGUACGUACCGCCUGGCUGUUACCAUAUGGUAGAGCAUACCCGGCCUGCCUCACCGCAUCUCUGGUGAUCAAGUUGAUCCUCCUAGUGCUGGCGAAUGUUGAAAAACGCAAAUGGUUGCUGCUGGCCGAAAAGACUCAGUCUACUGAGAGCACAAGCGGGAUCUUUAAUCGGAGCUUAUUUGCCUGGCUUAAUGAAUUGCUGAGGAAAGGACACACCUUGCUGCUCACUGGCGAUACGCUACCCAACAUCCACGAGAAGUUAUUGUCUAGUAAUUUAUCUGAUCAAUUUUCAAAGUCAUGGGCAGAGUGUGACCAGAGUCGUCAACAUGCAUUACUACUAGCUAUCCUUAAUUGCCUGCGCUGGGAUAUUGCUGCUAUCGUUCUUCCUCGACUCGCCCUAAUAGGGUUUAGUAUAGCGCAGCCGUUUUUAGUCGGCAAGACUGUCACAUUCCUCGAUCAGACUGACUCUCCGGUGAAUAUUGGCUAUGGGUUAAUAGGAGCCACUGCGAUUGUCUUUAUCGGGGUUGCUGUUAGUACGGCAGCUUAUGAGCACCUAGGAUUUCGUGCCACGACUAUGGUCCGUGGUGGUCUUAUGGCUCUUGUUUAUGAACACAUGAUGGAACUGCCACUAGGGAGCACUGAUGAGUCUAGUGCCAUGUCCCUUAUGGGCGCUGACGUUGAAAUGCUUGCAGAGUACUUCCACUCUACAGUGUGCGAAUCCUGGGCUAGUAUUGUGCAACUGGGACUGGCCGCUUGGAUCCUUGAGACUCAGAUCGGUGUCGUCUGCAUCACACCCAUCGUGAUUGUAAUAGUUUUUACCGCUGCUUCUUUUAUCAUGGGCAAUGCUGUGUCCCUUCGCCAGAAGACAUGGCUACAAGCUACCGAGAAGCGCAUCAAUUUCACUAGCCACGUCCUAGGCUCAAUAAAAAACGUGAAAUUUCUAGGACUAACAGAGUUUAUAAAGGGCUGCAUUGAAGCCUUGAGGAUCGAGGAGCUUGAGAUCUCUAAGAGAUUCCGCCGAAUCCAAACCGUCCGUGUCUGCAUGUUAAACCUCCCAGAUACUGUUGCGCAGUUUGCCACCUUCGCGACCUAUGCUAUAGUUGCGAAGGUGAAAGGGUCUGAUGGUCUUUCUGCCUCACAAGCUACCACGGCCCUUUCACUGAUAAAUAUGCUGAUGAUGCCUCUCAUUCAUCUAUUGUUGGCAGUUCCAGACACAUUCGCAUCAAUAGCAUGUCUGUAUCGAGUCCAGGAAUUCUUGAGACGUCCAAAUAUUGUCGAGAGAAGAAAAUUGCUCAAAUCAGAAAUAGAUACUCCUGCAUCUCCCACCAAUUCAUCUGAAUUCGAACUGUCCAACUUUUCUUUGCUCGGGGCUAGAGGGAUUUCCUCAGAGAACAAAUCUGAAUCCGACCUGCUGGUCUCCCUGCAAAAUGUCCGGUUUGGCUGGAAAAGCUCUCCGUCGGAUAGUCCCGGUAUCACACUCGAUCUGAGUCCCUCGCCCUUGGGUACUCUAGUUGCAAUUGUCGGUCCCGUGGGAAGCGGAAAGUCUACGUUCCUCAAAGGCCUCGCAAAUGAGACAUCCGUUCUCGAUGGCGAAGCCUUUAUCAAGUACCCAGACCUGGCCUUCUGUGAGCAAACUCCAUGGCUAACCAAUACAACGAUCCGGGAGAACAUCAUUGGGGAGAAUGCAUCCGCCGCGUUUGACUUUAAUUGGUAUUCGACUGUGGUGAGCGCAUGUGCGCUGGAUUCUGAUCUCAAGGAUAUGCCAGCGGGUGAUAAUACGUCUGUGGGUAGCAAAGGCUCUAAACUUAGUGGAGGGCAAAAGCAAAGAAUUGCCAUAGCGCGAGCUGUCUAUGCUCGCAAGCGGAUUGCGUGCUUCGAUGAUACCUUGAGUGCUCUCGAUAAUGCCACUGCUCGACUGGUGUUUAACAAUGUCUUUGGCCCGUCCGGACUGCUGCGUCGACUGGGCUGCACCGUAUUCCUCGCGACUCACAAUGUUCAAUACCUACCCCAGACUGACUUUAUAGUCGCACUCGGAGAGAAUGGCAAUGUUUUAGAACAGGGCAGCUUCUCUCAGCUUUGUCACGCCGGGGGAUAUGUUGACCGGCUAGGUAUCAAAUCAGGACAAAUCGAGAAAGAGGAGAUGCAGAAUGACAAUACCACCGGGCUUCCAGAGGCUCAUGAAGUCAUAACAAGCGGCAUAUCCACCCCGGAUUCUAUUGAUGAGCGCCGACAGACGACUGAUAUUGCAGUUUACAAGUACUAUUUCUCUGCAAUGGGCUGGCUCCGAGUUUGCGUUUUCUCCUUCUUGCUGUUAGUAAAUGGUGGUAUUGGUGGACUCCGCAAUGCUUGGAUUGGGAUGUGGUCUUCCAGCCCUGACAGCGCUUCAAACUCGAGAUUGGGUUACUGGCUUGGACUGUAUGGGGGAUUAUCCUUCAUCGAAGGUGCCUCAAUGGCUCUUGGUGUAUACUGGACCUGGGUCGUGAUUGUACCGACCGCAUCGAAAAAUGUCCAUGCUACCGUGCUGCAAACUUCCAUGAGUGCCCCUUUGUCCUUCCUAUCUCACAUAGACACGGGCUCUCUCAUCACGCGUUUUAGCCAAGACAUGAGGCUAGUGGAUAUGGUCCUCCCUCGAGGUUUCAUCACCACAGGAUUCCAAAUUGGUGGGGCUCUUGCACAAGCCGCGAUUGCCAUAGCUGCAUUGCCCUAUCUGGCUGCAACCCUGCCAUUUGUAGUUGGGAUGUUAGUGCUUGUCCAACGCUUUUACCUGCGUACAUCUCGCCAGUUACGGCUGCUAGAGAUCGAGCUCAAAAGCCCCCUUUACACUCAUUUCAUUGAAUCCCUCGCUGGUAUCGUUACCAUCCGUGCCUUUUCAUGGACAACCGCUUCCACGUCCAGAAUGCUAGAAUUACUUGAUAGGUCCCAAAGGCCCUUCUAUCUCCUGCUGUGCAUUCAGCAAUGGCUUGGCCUGGUGCUAAAACUCAUGGUGACUGGUAUGACGGUAAUUCUCGUCGGGGCUGCUGUAGCUCUGCGCGGAAAAGUCAGUCCGGGUCUGUUGGGUAUUGCACUGAUUGGAAUGAUGGAGCUGGGGAAUGUACUCUCAGAUUUGGUUCAGAACUGGACCCUCCUGGAAACCUCUUUGGGUGCGAUUGCCAGGAUCAAGGAGUUCUCAGAAGAUACCCCAACUGAGGAACAAGAUGCAGCUUAUGAGCAGUUGCCAGAUACAGAAUGGCCAAGUAGGGGUGAUAUCUCAUUCGUUGGCGCAGACAUCGCAUAUGAGUCCGAGAACGUAGAGCCCGUGUUGCACAGCAUUUCUUUGGAUAUUCGUGCUGGGGAGAAAGUCGGGCUUUGCGGUAGAACUGGAAGUGGCAAGACCACCCUUGCUCUAUCACUACUCCGUCUUAACGAGGUGGUUUCUGGCCAGAUUAUUAUUGAUGGAAUCGACAUAUCGACGGUUCCUCGGCCAUUGAUUCGGCAUCGGAUCAGUUCUCUCAGUCAAGAAGGCUUCCUUUUCCCAGGUACAAUUCGGCAAAACAUCGAUCCUUUAGGCACUGCCACCGAUAUCGAUAUCAUUGAAGCUCUCAAAUGUGUCGAGAUCUGGAAUGCUCUUGUAUCUGCAACGAAGAGCGACAACAGCGAAGCGCUACUAGAUGAAAUACUGACCGACAUGACUUUGUCUGAAGGCCAAAAACAGCUAUUUUGUCUAGCAAGGGUGCUUCUCAAGAAGAGCAAUAUUUUGAUACUAGAUGAGCCGACAAGCAGCCUGGAUGCAGAGACAGAUGCCAAGGUCCAAAAAUUGCUUCGCCAGGAUUUCCAGAACUGCACUAUCAUUAUGGUUGCGCAUAGAGUCCAUACCAUGCUCGACUUUGACCGAGUUGUUGUUCUGGAUAGUGGUCGAAUCAUAGAACAGGGACAUCCCUCAGAAUUGCUGGCGAACAAAGAAGGCGUGUUCUCAAGCCUGCGCCAUCUGGAGCAGUCUGCAGGAAACAAACAGGAGCUCUGA